AUGGAGGUUGCCUUCCUGACUCCUAUUGCCACUAAUGUAGCAAGCUCCGUAGCCCCUGCGCAUGCAGGGAAGGCACCAGGUCCGCCAGGCCCCGCAGGCGCUUCCUUUGGCCUGACGGCCGCGUUCGGCGUGGCGGCGGCCCUGGGGUUGGCCUCCAGGAAGCGAGUGCAGCGGGCGGCGCAGGAGAUGGCGACGCUGCCCAAGCACAUGCAGCCUGUGGACACCGCGGACUACCCAGUCUACAAGCCGGGCCCGUCGGGCGUGCCGAAGCUGCCGCAAUUGGUGGGAGACUGGGGAGUUCCGCUGCCCGGCAGCUACAAGGCCUGCCUGACCAUGGUGGGCCCGGACGUGGAGACGGCAUGCGAGGUGGGCAAGCCCUGGGACCCUCUAGGCUUGAGCAAGCUCUACGACCGGAACUUUGACUUCAACGGCAACAUGACCUACCCCCACGUGCAGUGGCUGCGGGAGUCGGAGCUGAAGCAUGGCCGGUGCGCCAUGCUCGCCAUUGUGGGCAUCUUUGCACAGCAGUCCUUCCACAUCGACGGGUACCCUGAGGCACCGUGGUACGAGGCGUUGAAGGCGUGCUAUGACAACCCUGCGGGCAUUGUGGGCUUUGGAAUUGCUCAGAUCUCUGCGUUCGCCAUGGUCAUCGAGGGUGCCUACUUCCCCAAGGACUCCUGGAUCGGGCAGAUGGACCGCGAGCCCGGUGACUUGGGCUUCGACCCUUUGAAGCUGGCCAAGGAUGCGGAGUCCAUGAAGAGCAUGCAGCUCAAGGAGCUGAAGAAUGGCCGCCUCGCUAUGAUGGCCUUCAUGUCCUGCGUGGUGGGCCACUAUGUGCCGGGCAGCGUGCCAGGCGUGUCUGCUCUGCCCCGGGAGUCGGCAGCAGCCAAGAGCUCGGCCUUCUGCGGUGCGACCCCUGCCAGCUCCUCAGACCUGCCCUCCAAGACGGCGGCGCGGUACACUACCCAGACCAUCCUGCCAUCGCUGGCCUGGAUCAAGUCGGGCGUGAAGCCGUCCGAGCUGCAGCCGACGGAGCUGCGGGCGCUGACCCUGGCGGGCAACGACGUGCUGAUCGGCAAGACCGAGGCAGGGGCGCUCUUCUGCGUCGGCAACCUGUGCCCGCACAUCGGUACGCCCAUGAGCGAGGGCGCUGAUGUCAUUGGGGAUGUGAUUGUGUGCCCUUUGCACGGCUCUUCCUUCAAGGUGACCAACGGCGAACUCAUCGACUGGUGCGUGUCUCCUCCUGUGAUUGGCCCCCUCACGGGCCUGAUCGUUGAGAAGAAGAACCUCCUGGUCUUCGAGUGCCGACAAGGUGGUUUCCUUGGCUCCGGCGAGGUUGAGGUGCUCGUGGAUACCAAUGCCAAGAAGGCCUAUGAGGCCAACUACUGGAAGGGCCUGCUUGAUGCGCAGGGCAAGGAUGACGGCACCUACUACUGA